AUGGCUCCUUCCGCACCUGGGGCAGCCAACUCGCCGGCUAAGAAGACCUCAGCCCCCGAAAAGAAAUACAAAUGCCAAUUCUGCAAUCGCGCAUUCAGCCGAAGCGAACACCGCAGUCGUCACGAACGAUCCCACACGAAAGAAAGACCCUUCAAGUGCUUAAAAUGUCGCAGUACCUUUGUCCGCCGCGAUCUUCUUCUGCGCCAUGACCGAACUGUUCACGCUAAGGACGGCGGAAUUCCUUUGGUGGCAGAGGGCCGCAGACGUGGUGGAGGGGUUCAGAAAACCUCAUCUGCCCCAGCGAAGCCGUCGGUCACCAUUGACCCGACGACGUUGGAGCAGAUCGAGGCAAGCAGCGACGGUAUGGUCGACCUUGAAACUGCAGCCAUGUUGAUGACAGAUUUCCAACAUAAGGCUGCAGCAGCGGCGACCGGCCAGGUCUCCGAGCGUUCCGAAUCGCUUUCGCCAGGGCACGGCUCCUUCGAGCCCUACCUCUCGGGCAACGCCACCCUGCCUCAGAUGCCUUGGGACACCCUUGUCUCCCCCGCCGAACCGGGCUCGAUGCCUACCCUCGUCGAUCGCCAUGGCCCUGUCGGAGACGUUCUUCUAUCCAACUCCCUGCCUAUGUCUGGACACUCGACCCCGAAUGCCCUCUCACCUUAUCCCUCGAUGACUGGCCCCGUCAGCCCCGUCAACUACCGCCGCUCGCCCGGUCCUAGCCAGGCACUCACUCUUCCCAAGGCACCGCAAAUUGCUAAUGAGAUGGAACGUAACUAUGUAGUGGACCGGGUUCAGGGAUCAGACACUCUUGGUGCUCUUCCCGAUACUUUCCAACUUCCUUCCACGGUUGCGUUGAACCGGUAUUUGUCCACCUACUUUAAUCUCUAUCAUCCUCACUUGCCAUUCCUUCACCAGGAGUCUUUCAAGCCCUCGCAAGUUCCUGCGCCCUUGUUACUCGCAGUCUUGUCCAUCGGUGCUCUUUACACUUUCGAGCGCGAGCACGCUUUCAUGCUUCACGUCGGAUCCAAGGUCCUGGUUAACCAGUUCCUGCAACACAAGGAUAACUUUGACUCCCGCAAGUGUCCCCUGACCUUGAUGCAAGCUACUUUGUUGAACAUGGUAUUCGAGAGCUGGAGUGGUGACCCCAAGGGCCUCGAAUGGACCUGCUCGAUCAAGAGUCUUCUGGCCAACAUGGUCGCCGGCAAUCGAUACCAACUCAAGGUACGGACACAGGCCCGCCAAAAUGUCCAGCCCUCGCGUGAGGAGUGGAUCGAGGAUGAGUCUUGCCGUCGCACAUAUUUCGCCGUGUACAUCUUCUUCGGCAUGCUGACACUCACAUUCAAUCACACUCCCGCCAUGAGCUUCGAUGAGUUUGACGACUUGGAGCUUCCUUCCUCGGAGUCCCUUUGGAACCUGGAUGCGACUGAUGAUGAGGCUUGGCGCCGCAGCAUGGUCUCGAGCGCACUCACCGUGCGCGAGGCCCACGAUUUCCUGUUCCAGGGCGAGCAGACUCGCUACAGUGCUUUCGCUACCCGUGUGCUGAUCAACGCCCUUUUCCUGCAGGUCUGGAACCACAAGCGCAGCUUCGAGGCUCUGCAGGAUGUGGUCACAGAGUACAAGUUGCGGCUGGCUCUCGAGACCUGGGAGAACUCCCUCGAGGUUUGCGAGCCUGAGACCAUUGUGGUCCCACUCAGCACUCCCCAGAAGGGUCACCCCUUGAUCUUCAACUCAAUGGCAGUGUAUCGCAAUACCCGCGCUCGCCUGGAAGUUGAUCUCAAGUCCAUCCAGGAGGCGAUGCGGUAUCACUCCUCAUACGAGGUGGCAGCUGCUAUGACUGUCGCUCGUGAGAAGGUCAAGCGGUCGCAGGAGAUGAACAAGGUCAUCCAACAAUGCUUCGAGUGCAUUGAGAUUGCCGCCAUUCAAGGCAUCAAUUGGGUUGCAAAGACUUCCGCCACCAACUGGAGUGUUGAGCACCCUCUCUGCGGCCUGGACCUGAUGGUCAUCCUGAGCCUCUGGCUCUACCGCCUGGAACAUGACGACGAGCCGGCCACUGAGGCUGAAUUGGCCCUCUACAACAAGGUCCGCAAUCUGUUUGAUGACGAUGCCAUCGAUGCCUUCGGCAAACUUAGCUCCACCGUCGCCCGUGUAUGGGGUAACAUCCUUGACGGCGUGGUUGUCUGGGGAAUUACCAAGCUGAUGGGCGAAUCGUUCAAACUUCACUCCCAGGCCUUGGUCGGCUAUGAGGACUCUCUUCGUGUCGCCAAGGACCAGCCGAUCCAUGCGGUGCCAACCAAGUCGCUUGCUAGCGUCGGCACUGCAUAUUAA